AUGUUCAACCAAGAAACAUCUCAGCACUUGUUCAACUGUUUCUAAUCAUCUCCUGUCGAGUUAUAAAAUGAUGAAGGUUUCGUCCAUCUUGUCGAUUGUUUUGUUCAUUGUGGCCGUGUCGAUGACAACCGUGUCCGCUCGUGACUGGAAAUUUGGUGACGGCGGUUUGGUUCGCUGGGACUUUAACUGCGAUUUCAAUGGCCACGACAUCAAAUGUAUGCCCAGUAGAGGUGAACAAUGCGGAGGAGUAUGCAUCGCCAACCGGGCAUGCACUCAUUUUACCUAUAAUGAUGGAACCUGUUGCAUCAAAAAAAAUCAUAGAGGCUUUGUUGAAAUGCAUAGUUCGGGCGCCGUUUGCGGUUUCAUCCCCGGUCGUAGCGCUCAGAAUUUAUAGGAAACACUGUAAUACAUUUUGAUUACUGUUUGAUGACAGUUUGAUACG